CCUCCCCUCCCAUCACGCGCACCCAAAUCGAUCAACCCACCACACCAAAUCCCCCCAACAAAAUUCUCUUCCCCCGCGCCGGCGCCGGCGCCGCCGCAGCCCCAACGCCGGUUUCCGCCGUAACCCACCAGCCCUCCUCCCGCCCGCCGAAGCGCACCUGCGCGUGCUUCCCCGGUCGCCGCCAAUCGCGGCCAUGGACGACGGGGACCUCGACUUCUCGAACCCGGAGGCGUUCCUGUGCCCGUCCCUCGGCGCCGACGCCCCGGGCGGCUGCUCCAUGGACAGCUACUUCGACGACAUCCUCAAGGACACGGAGCACCUCGCCUGCACGCACACCCACACCUGCAACCCGCCCGCGCACGACCUCUCGCACACCCACACCUGCGUCCACGUCCACACCAAGGUCGUCUCCGCCUCCUCCGACGGCGCCGAGUCCCCCUCCGCCGACGCCGCCGCCUCCAAGAAGCGCCGCCCCUCGGGCAACCGCGCCGCCGUGCGCAAGUACCGCGAGAAGAAGAAGGCGCACACGGCCCUGCUGGAGGAGGAGGUGGUCCACCUCAAGGCCCUCAACAAGCAGCUCAUGCGGAAGGUCCAGAACCACGCCGCGCUAGAGGCCGAGGUCGCCAGGCUCCGCUGCCUGCUCGUCGACAUCAGGGGCAGGAUCGAGGGGGAGAUCGGCGCCUUCCCCUACGGCCGGCCCGUGGUGAAGAGCGCCGUCGAUUUGGUCCCUGCUGGUGGGGUUGACCUUGCUGGGGGCGCCGCCCAGGUCAUGAACUCCUGCGGUUUCAGGUGCAACGAUCAGCUCUACUGCAAUCCCGGGAUGCAGAUGAGGACCAUGGGCGACGACGCCGCUAUGGGUGCCCAGGUCUUUGGACAGGGCCCCGGUGAUUUCUCCAAUGCUCAGUGCAUGGGGACUGCGAAAUCUGGAUCCACAAUGCCACCAGGCUGUGGGGGUAUGGGUACUAUGCCUUCGGGCUGUUUGCCAAAUUCUGAACGGAAUUGAAGGACUUGCGAGGUGCUUAUCUUCUCCUUGCCGGAGACUACCAGUCUACGCAUGCAAGGAAGACUGUACAAAGUGCUAGCUUCUAUUUGUAGUGUCGUGUUCUGUCUUGAGCUGUCGGAGUGCUUGUGAUGGCGUCGCUGAUGACGUCUCAACGGUGCCUGAGGCGCUGCAAGUUCGUUGGCUCACAGGGACAUCCCCCUUUGCGUUUCAUGUUCAGUUUUGUUCCUGGAGUUCGAAAGCCUUUCUCCUAUCCCCUAGGUACUCUCCGGCAAAGAGUAGAGGUGGGCAGGAUUCGACGGAACCGUGAAUAAGUAGAUGCUCACCAUCUGUGAGGUCCAGGCCUCAAGCUAGAUAUGAACUUUGUGUAAAACUCUGUCCUGCAUGAACUCUUCCUGAGUUUCGGGUAGGUGGUAAUGGUAUGCAUGCGUUGCAAUCG